AUGAGAGCAGACAAAGUGUCGAAGCUAAAAAGUCUAUUAUCAGCUCAGCAGAAUACAUUUGUAUGCCAAACCCAGCUGAACCAGUCAUCCGUUCAAGCUAGCUUUCAGGUAGCUAAACUGAUUGCAACCAGUGGUAGGCCAUUCAGUGACGGCGAGUUCGUCAAGAAAUGUAUGAAUGCUGUUGCCGAGGAAAGAUAGACCGAUAAGACGGUGAGUCUGUCCGCAAGUACAGUCACCAGACGAAUUGAAGAAAUGGGGGAUAAUGUAUAUGCCAAGCUGCAGGAGAAAGUGAAAGAAUUAGAAUUUUUUGCAUUAGCACUGGAUGAGAGCAAUGACGUGCAGGACACAGCACAGCUGCUAAUUUUUCUUCGCGGAGUUAGCUCAAACUUUGAAGUGUCAGAGGAGCUAGCAGCCCUACAAAGUCUAAAAGGCACUACGACAGGGGAGGAUAUUUUUGGUAAAGUGUGCCAAACGAUGGGAGAGCUGGGUCUAGACUGGUCUAAGCUGGCCAGCAUCACUACUGACGGGGCUCCUAGUAUGGUUGGCGCGUCGAGGGGGCUUAUAGGACGCAUGAAUAAAGAAAUGGAGGAAAGAGGUCUAACCCCACCGUUACAAGUCCACUGCCUGAUUCACCAGCAAGCACUCUGCUGCAAAGUUCUGAAGUGGGAAUCAGUCAUGAAGGUGGUGGUGUCAUGCAUAAACUUCAUCAGAGCAAACGGACUUAAACACCGGCAGUUCCAAGCCUUUCUCGCCGAGCUAGAGUCUGCUCACGGAGAUGUGCUUUACCACACUGAAGUCCGAUGGUUAAGCCGGGGCAGAGUUUUGAGGCGUUUUUAUGAGCUGCUACCCGAAAUCAACGCCUUUCUUCUGACAAAGGGCAAAACUGUCCCAGAACUGAUCGACGCAGAAUGGAAAUGGGACCUCGCCUUUUUAACAGAUGUGACAGAAAUGUUGAACAGCCUCAACUUGCAGCUCCAAGGCAAGGGACAACUAAUAUGUGACAUGUAUUCCCACAUAAAAGCAUUUGAGGUGAAAAUAGCACUGCUUGUGGGACAAGUGCAAAAGCAAGACUUCACUCAUCUCACCGUUACCCAAAAUCUCUCAGCUGAGAAACCAGUGGCUCCACUCCCAGCUGAAAAGUCCGUGGAAGCGCUGGAAAUGCUGAAGGCAGAGUUUGACGUGUGA